AUGCAUUCAUGCACUCCCGAGCUUGCAUACAUUGAAUAUCUACCAUCUAUCGGUGGAAAUGCGUUUUUCUUAGCCCUUUUUUCAAUUCUUCUACUCAUGCAAAUGAUCUUAAUAUACUAUCGCGCGUGGGCCUUUUCUUCAACCAUGGUAUGCGGUCUUAUACUCGAGAUACUAGGAUACAUCGGACGGAUCAAACUGCACAAUGACCCCUGCCAAUUUACAGAUUUUCUACUCUACCUCGUUUGUCUUACAAUCGGACCGGCCUUCUUCGGAGCUGCGAUCUACCUCUGUCUAGGACGAAUCAUCAUCAUCCAUGAGGGUGAAGACGUAUCCCGCCUCAGACCCCGAUCUUACACAAUCGUAUUCGUGACCUGUGAUGUGAUCUCAUUGAUUCUGCAAGCAGCCGGCGGCGCCAUCACAUCUUCUGCAACUGACAAUGCAGUUCGUGACAUGGGCGUCAAGGUCAUGAUAGCAGGCCUCGCAUUCCAAGUAGCCGCGUUGGGUCUUUUCAUGGCUUUUGGGGUUGAUUUUGCAGUCAGGUCCAAUGCGCGAUUUGUGAGAUUUCGGCCGACUGAACCGCGCAAGACGCCCAACCCAGAAUUUGUCGCUAUAAGAGCUGGCAAGAAGUGGAAGUUGUUUCUAAUUGGCAUCUCUACCGCCACUGUCACUAUUUUUAUUCGAUCUUUCUUCCGGGUGUUCGAGCUCAAUGGUGGUUUUCAUAGUCGACUGGCUAACAAUGAACCUGCUUUAAUGGUCCUUGAUGGAGCUAUGGUGUCGGUUGCGUGUCUCUGGCUGACAGUAAUGCACCCUGGAGUGGUCAUGGCAAGACGGUGGAAUACUGUGAAAUCAGGGAAAUAA